AUAUCCUGCUUAUGAACAGUAGUAACAGCUAUGAUUGGCCUAGCAAUAGGAAUUUACAAUCUCUUAGCAAUAUAUGAAUUUACAAUAGCUUUGCACAAAAGGACUAGCUUUGAUCUGUUGUGUUUGUCUGCAGGUAUGUACCUGAUAUCAAAGUACGUCCGUGAGAAGACAGACAGCGUUGUGAUUUUCUCUGGUGAAGGUUCUGAUGAGCUGACACAAGGAUACAUCUACUUUCAUAAGGCACCGUCACCUAAAGUGGGUGCUGAGGAAAGCGUGCGUCUGCUGAAAGAGCUUUAUCUGUUUGAUGUGCUGAGAGCGGACCGAACCACAGCUGCACACGGACUGGAGUUGAGAGUGCCUUUCCUGGACCACAGAUUCACUGCAUACUACCUCUCUGUGCCUGAAGAGAUGAGAGCACCUAAGGAUGGUGUGGAGAAGCAUCUCUUGAGGGAAUCGUUUAAAGGGAUGAAACUCAUCCCAGAUGAGAUUCUCUGGAGAAGGAAAGAGGCCUUCAGUGAUGGUAUGACAUCCAUGAAGAAAUCCUGGUACACAAGCCUGCAGGAGCACAUUGAGUCUGAGGUGAACGACUCUCAGUUGGAAAAAGCUGUUAAGCUGUUCCCUUUCAACCCCCACAACCAAAGAGGGCUUGUACUUCAGGCAGGUCUUGAGAAGAUGUACCCGGCCGCUGCAGUGGACGCCACAUUACUGGAUGCCCCGCUGGAUCAACGCCACAGACCCCUCAGCCAGAACCCUGUCCAUCUACAAGCCUGA